AUGUCUAUAACGACUGUUCUACAAGAGCGCAACUUGGCAUCUUCUAGCAAUGACUUAGCGGGAACAUCAUCCGUAGAGCUUUCUACAGUCGAAUCAAAGGCCCCUCGGGUAUCUGUUUCCUCCGCGGAUCUAGAGGGCCCUUCAGGUGUCCAAUUCCGCGGAACUACUGUUGCUGUCACUCCAACCUCUUCUAACACUGCAGAAUCUUCAUCUCUCUCUUCUUCUGAGUCUUCAAACAAUGACGACUUGGAAUACCCGGAAGGUGGCCUAUCAGCUUGGCGAGUUGUUCUGGGCUCCUUUUUUGGCAUGUUCACAGUUCUCGGUCUAAUCAACUCCAUGGGUGCUGUCCAAGCUUACAUUUCUGUGCAUCAGCUUGCUGGCAAGUCUGAGUCUCAAGUUUCCUGGAUUUUCUCUGUUUUCGUUUUCCUCUGUUAUAUUCUUUCCGGUCAAGUUGGACCUUUCUUUGAUGCAUAUGGACCUUAUCAUCUCGGCAUUGCCGGAUCUUUCAUCUUCACUCUUGGUCUCAUGAUGACCAGUUUGUGUACAGCUUACUAUCAGUUUUUUUUGGCCUUUGCCCUUUGCUGUGGUAUUGGCUGUGCUCUUCUUAUGACCCCACAAGUCGCUAUUGUUGGCCACUGGUUCAAUGUUAAGCGCGGAACUGCAAUUGGAACGGCCACCAUUGGUGGUAGUCUCGGCGGUGUUGUUUUCCCCAUAAUGUUGCGCCAGCUCUAUGCUACUGUAGGCUAUGCCUGGGCCAUUAGAGUCCUUGGCUUUGUUUGCCUUGGUGCUCUUAUUAUUUCUCUUCUUCUUAUGAAACCUCGCUUGGAGCGUGAUACUUCAAAGUUUGAAUUCUCGUGGAAAAAUGUUGCUGAUUUUAAUUCCCUUCGGGAUAUGCGCUUCACAUGGCUUACUCUCGCAAACUUUCUCGGUGAGCUGGCUGUCGUCAACGGAAUUACUUUCUUGACUUCAUAUGCUUUAGCUCAAGGGAAGUCCGAGACCAUGUCAUAUUUGCUGCUGACCAUUCUCAACUCUCUGGGCAUGGUGGGCCGCUGGGUCCCAGGUGUGAUUGCUGACUACUUGGGUAGAUUCAAUACUCUUAUUGUCACAACCACUAUGGCCUUUAUUACCAUUUUUGCCAUCUGGCUUCCAUUUGGCCACAGCACUGCUGGACUUAUUGUUUUUGCUAUGCUCCACGGUUUCUGCAAUGGCGGUAUUCUUUCACUCGCACCUGUCUGCUGUGGUCAAAUCUGCCGUACCCAAGAUUACGGCAAGCGCUACGGGACUAUGUAUGUCUUCACAUCCUUUGGCGUGCUUCUUGGUGUUCCACUUUCUGGUGCUCUUAUCAAGGGAGCCGAUUAUACAGGACUUAUAGUAUUUACCGGGUCUCUUUACGUUGGAACCACUAUUGCCUUGAUUUUGUCUCGGUACUCAGCCGUUGGUUUCCGUUGGUGUGCCUGGUAA